AUUUAUCACAAACCCUGUGUAAGUAUAGUACGAUUUACAAUCUACGCCACCGCCAGAGAAGCUGUCCAAGAUAUCCCUGACAAUUCGAAACUUCUAGUUGGAGGUUUCGGACUAUGCGGUAUUCCGGAGAACUUGAUCGCAGCCUUAAGUGAGACAGGCCAAAAAGGACUUACAUGCGUCUCCAACAAUGCUGGUACAGACAACUGGGGACUGGGCAUCUUGCUGAAAACACGGCAAAUCAAAAGGAUGAUUUCGUCGUAUGUUGGUGAGAAUGAAGAAUUCGUACGUCAAUACUUAUCUGGGGAACUUGAACUAGAAUUCACUCCACAGGGUACACUGGCGGAACGAAUUCGAGCUGGUGGUGCUGGGAUACCGGCUUUUUUUACACCAACAGGAUAUGGUACGUUAAUACAAGAAGGCGGAGCUCCAGUCAAGUACAGUCAAACAGAAAAGGGAAAAGUUGAAAUUUCCAGCAAACCAAAAGAGGUCCGUGUGUUCGACGGAGUCAACUAUGUCAUGGAAGAAGCAAUACGGGGGGAUUUCGCUCUUGUCAAGGCUUGGCGAGCUGACAAAUUAGGAAAUAUUCAAUUUAGACUUACUGCUGGGAACUUUAACAAUGCCAUGUGCAAAGCGAGUAAGUGUACCAUCGUCGAAGUUGAAGAAAUCGUUGAAGCAGGUGUCAUUCCUCCAAGUAAUGUCCAUAUUCCGUCAAUAUAUUGCGAUCGACUUGUGCUUGGCAAAGAUUACAAGAAGCCAAUAGAGAAGCCAAUGUUUGCAUCGGAAACUGGAAUAAAAGAGCCAUCAUCUGAAGUUGAUAAAGUGCGUAACAUUAUAGCUGCAAGGGCUGCACUAGAGUUUCGCGACGGAGUGUACGUUAAUCUUGGUAUCGGUAUUCCUACUAUCACGCCUAAUUAUAUUCCUGAAGGUGUAACAGUUCAUCUACAAAGCGAGAACGGUGUAAUUGGAGUGGGACCGUAUCCUAAGCGUGGUUUUGAGGACGCAGAUCUUAUAAAUGCGGGAAAAGAAACAAUAACAUUGCUUCCGGGAGCAGCUCUAUUUGGAAGUGACGAGUCAUUUGCUAUGAUUCGCGGAUCGCACAUGGAUCUCACAAUCCUGGGCGCUCUUCAAGUGUCGCAAUUCGGAGACCUUGCAAAUUGGAUGGUACCUGGUAAAUUGGUAAAAGGUAUGGGUGGGGCUAUGGAUUUGGUUUCUGCUCCUGGAACUCGCGUAAUUGUUACGAUGGAACACUGUUCAAGGAAAGGAGAGCCAAAAAUUUUGACAGCAUGCGACUUGCCUCUAACUGGAAAGCAGUGUGUUUCACGUAUCAUUACGGACAAGGCCGUGUUUGAUGUUGAUAAGAAAACUGGCCUAACACUGAUAGAGGUUUGGCCCGACCUAACAGUUGAGGACGUUAAGAAAAUUACUGGCGCGCCGUUUAAGAUAUCCGACAAAUUAAGGCCUAUGGGACAAGCGAAAUUAAAUCAACAGUGA